AUGAGCGGCUUCGAGGUUCUAAGCAGUGUUAAGGAGGACGAUGCUGUGAUAUAUACAUACGGCAGCUUGGUUCCAGAUUCAGCAAGAUAUGCCCCACCAGAGCUUGCCCGUGGCGGUUGGGACGCCAUCAAAAAGAGCCCGCAUUCUGCUGUUGACUCAUUCGGCUUUGGCUGCUUAAUUUUCGAAGUUUUUAAUGGCGACUUUAUGGGCUCUGAUCAAGCUGGCCAGACCAAGGGCAUCCCCCCUACGAUGCAACAAAGCUACAAGCGUUUGGUUAACCCAAACCCGAAAGCGAGAGUUAGUGUUGGUCACUUCUUGGAGCAGGGUCAGCGGAGCGGGGCUUUUUUCGACAGCCCUUUGAUCAAAUUGACUGAAGGCAUCGAAAACCUCGGUGUCAAGACUGAGACGGAGAGGGAGGAGUUCCUUGAUGAUCUCGAUCAACUUACGGACGACUUCCCUGAAGACUUUUUCAAAAUGAAAGUGCUUCCAGAACUUAUAAAGUCAGUCGAGUUUGGCGGUGGAGGCCCCAAGGCUUUCAGCGUCGUGAUGAAAAUUGCUGCGAAACUUUCAGAUGAUGAUUUCGAUGCAAAAAUCACGCCUGUGGUCGUUCGGCUUUUCUCCAAUCCUGAUAGGGCCAUCCGCGUCUGCCUUCUCGAUAGUCUACCCCUCAUGAUCGACCGGUUGUCACAAAAGAUUGUCAACGACAAGAUCUUUCCGCAGCUUGUCACUGGUUUCACAGACGUUGCGCCCAUUGUUAGGGAACAAACUUUGAAAUCGGUUCUUGUCAUCAUUUCGAAACUCUCAGAUCGUACUAUCAAUGGAGAUCUGCUCAAAUAUCUCGCAAAGACGGCAAACGAUGAGCAGCCUGGCAUUAGAACAAACACAACCAUUUGUCUCGGAAAGAUUGCCAAGAACUUGGGUACUUCUUCAAGGAGUAAGGUUCUUAUCGCAGCAUUCACCAGAUCUCUUCGAGAUCCAUUCGUGCAUGCCCGAAACGCGGCAUUGAUGGCUCUGGGCGUGACAGGGGAUUAUUUCACGGACGAAGAUGUUGCUUUAAGGAUCAUGCCGGUUCUUUGUCCGCUGUUAAUAGACAAGGAGAAGGUGAUUCGGGACCAAGCCAGCAAGACGAUGGAUGUUUACCUGCAAAAGAUAAGAAAGGCAGCCGCUGGUAUGCCGGACACCGCUCUUCCUCCUCAAGGCGCAGAGGGCUCAGGCGCUCCUCGAAUGAGCACGCCGCAACCCAGCGAUUCGGCCGCUUCUUCUUGGGCUGGAUGGGCUAUUUCGUCGUUCACUAAUAAGCUGUCCUCGGCUGCAGGCGAGAUGCAGACCUCGGCCGGCUCAGGGACCGCUUCUCCAAAGCCAACCCCAUCGCCAGGCCCCGAGUCCAAAAAGCCGAUCACAUCUUCGGCGUCUGCUUUACACAGACAAGCAGUCAAGUCGCCACCACCUCCGAUGUCGCGGACGCCUUCAUCUGUCGUUGCUGAUUCAUUCAAUCCUGAGCCUGCUGAUGAUGGCGACGCGUGGGGAGACAUGGGAGAAGACGCCUGGGGAGAAGCAACUAAUAGCUCUAAUUCUGCAGCAAAGAAGGAAUCCACCGCUAGUGCGACGCCGUUUGAUGAUGGGUCCGAGCCUGACUUUGCUGGCUGGCUAGCUGCUCAGUCUCAGAAGAAGAGUGGGACAAGCAAGCCACUUCCGAAAGGAUUGGCCAAGUCUUCAACAUCAACAGUGAAGAAGCCUCUGACGACCAAGCCUGCAACAAAACCAGUAGUUGCGAAGAAGAUAGAUUUAAAGCCCAAGCAACAAGAUGAUGACGACGGCUGGGGCGACGGAUGGUAG